CUGACAUCAAUUGGCUCAUUAUAAAUUCGUUUUGCUUGAAACCUUUCAGUCAUCUUAACGUGUUGAUUAUACUGAUAAGAACUGAUAAGGAAAACUGUUUCAACGGUCCGCCCAACCCCCACUAUCGUUAUACGGAUACGAUUUAUACAACAUACUUUGUGCCCGUGCGAUCUAACAGUGGCGCAUCGAAUGAAAUUGUGACUUUGGCGAUUGAUGUGUAUGUGUGUGUGUAGGUACUGUGACGUUUGAAGACGCGUACAUUUUGUUCGAACUGUUCGGUGAAACUUCUUUAUUUUUCUGUAUGAUUGAAACUAAACUAAUAUCAACGACAUUCAGUGCAUUUAAGUGAAAUCGUUCAUACGUUCGUCGGUCGAACGGUUCGGUAACACCAAAACGGUUUUCGCGUUUCCGAAUCCCGAAUUUCUUAAUCGCACUUGUAAUGCCGCCAUAUUGUACGACACACAUCCCGUUUGUGUAAACCGUAUACAUACACUAUGUCUAUGUGGUAGACAGAUUUGUGCGUAUCUAUAAUAUUGUUUUAUUGUAUCCGUGUAACUGUCCUGUCGUGUCAUUUUCUUCAGUUUUUAGUGAUUAGUGAUAUCGAACAACAUCUGUGUUGUCAUGAGUAAGCACGCAUGUUAUAUAUGCCGCCGUUCAUAUCCAGACGAAGAUGGCCUUAUCAAUGCAUUUUCAGAAGAAGGAAAACGAAUUUUUCUCGAAGAUAAGGUUCUAUUACUUACUUCUACUUUGGUGAGUUGGUAUACAAUUACUGCGCUCGUUUAAAGUUGUACAAUAGUUGCUUACUAUUUUUACCUAAUACUUUUAUUUUAUGUAGGUAGUACUUACAACCUACAACCUACUGUGCAUUAUUUGUGGUUUUCUUGAAAAAUUAGAAAAUUGAAAACUGAUUUAGUAUUGCUUAUCUAGGUACGAGGACAUACAAACAAGUUAUAGGAACCUAGAAGACGUUUUUUCAAUAGUUUGAUUUUUUUUUUCUAGAAUCAGAGAUCAAUAAUCUAUUAAUUUGUUUUGCCAUUGUGAUUCUUUUACAAGAUCAAUAUUAUGGAGCACUGUUCCGUUUAAUUUAUCAACUCCAUUUAUUAAUAUUUCCAUUAGGGUGUCAAUCUUAUUAUUGGGUACUGGGUAUAUUCAUUUUGUCAUUAAACUAAUUGAUAGAUAUCUAAUCUAAUAAACCAGUUAAUGUAUACCUACCUAAUUACUAAAUUACCUAAUACCUAUUUAUUGGCAUUUAUUAGCUAAGUCUUAAAUAGUAUUAGUAUUCCAAAAUUAAGUUUUUUUUAGGUAGGUAGUACAUUUUUUAAUUUUUAAUAAUUAGUUAUAGGUACCUACCAGUUUUAAAGGGUCUAUGUUUGACUUAAAUUAUACUUAUUUUAAAUUAGGUACCUACUUAGGUAGUUGCUCGAUAUUUUAAAAUUAUAAUAAUAGUAUGAGUACCAAUUGUGUAGGUACUACACACUUAAUACAUUUAUUUAUUUAUUUAACAUCAAAACGUAUUCAUAUAAUACAAAACAAAGUUAAACACGUAAUAUUGAUACCUAGGUACUCUCUGUAAGCAAUGCUUAUUGUGUCUUACUUUACUUUAAACAAAAACAUAAUAUUAAUAGUACAUAAUAUGUAAACAUCACAAUAAUAAUUAAUGUAAUAUAAUAUUAAAAAAGAACAUAAUAAUCUUUUCUGAUGACAUAUUCAACAUACAUAAUAGAUUCAAAUAGAGGAAAUAAAAAAAAAAAAAAUAACAAAAACAAAGAUAUGUAAGAUAAAAGAAAGAAAAAUUAGACAUUAGUGAAAUAGAUUUUUGAACCUUUUCUUUAUCUCAAACUUAAAUUUUAAACCGUUAUCAAUUACUUUUAUAUAACUAGGUAGUUUAUAAAUAAUUGUAUGCCCCUAUAAACAUAAGAGUGUUUUAUUAAAUUAGUGUUAAGUUUAAUUAAAGCUAAGUUUACAUUUUUUUUCAGAUGUAUGAACAUGACACUGCAUCAAAUUGUGUUUGUAAAACGUGUAUAUAUAGUAUUGAAUUCAAUUCUAAUUUUUAUAUUGAUUUUAAAAAAAACUAUAACAAAACUCUAGACGAAUUAAGAAGUAUUCCAGGAAACAAAUCUUUUGUGGAAGAAAGGGAAGUGUUCGAAAAAACAUUCACCGUACGCGAGAUAAAUGAGGUAAGUGCAUAUUUAUUGUAACUAAUAGUUGAACAAGAGAAUAGAAAUAAUACAAGUAUCUAGUAGGAGCUUAAUGUACUAUUUCAUAAAUAAUUACCAUGAACUAUUAUAAUGCAGACAAUUUUACAAUAUUGGAAAUUUUAUUAUUAAUUAUAGGUAUUUUGAAAUAUUUUGCCAAUCAAUUACUGAAAUUGAAAAAAAAAACAUGUAAAGUACCUACUUAAUAUUAAAAUUGUUUUAUUAUUAAAAUCAAGUGUGGUUAAUUGAAAUCAAAUGUACCUAUCUUAAAUUAGUUUUUAAGUUUGGGGUAGGUAUACCACCAUCAUAUACAUAUGAUACCAUACCAUCAUAUUGUAACAAUUUAAAUUUAUUUUAGUAAAUAAUAUUUUAUAAAUCCUAACUUAAAUAUAGUUUGUUUCAAAGCUUUUUUUUUCAAAAAUCAUUAAAUUAGGUAAAAUGAUUUUUAUUUUUGAAGAUAGUGACUAUGAUUAUUGCCACACACCUAUUGUCAAUUUGUCAAGUGAAUAAUACAAUUAAUAUAAUUUAAAAAUUAUCUUAAAUUAGUUUUGUAUAUAUACCUACUUAUUACUUGAUAAAUGAUCUAAAUUUGAUUUAUGUGAUUUUGUAGCUAUUUUCACAUUCUACAACUUUACAAGGCAAGAGUGAAGAAUUAAAAAAGAAAAUACAAGAAAGAUUAUUACAAGCCAGACUUAAUCAAGACCAACCAAUUCUCCACCGUAAUAAUAAUGACAGGUCAGUUAUUUUAGUUUAUAUAGAAAAUAACAUUUUUUUUCAAUAUUAAAAUUUUAAUCAUAUUGUGGUUACCUAUCUAUGUUUUAAAUUAUUAGCAGAAGGCAUAUAUUUUUCUUCAGAAAAGUAAUUAGUAAGAUUAAUUAAUAGUUAAAACAUUUUUUGAUGUAUUUAAUUUAGUAUGAUAAUAUCUUUACUCUAUAUAGAUGUAUAUUAAUAAAUAAUACUAGAAAACCCUUUUCUGCCCUUUCCCUUUAAGGGAAAAUUAUAGGUACUGCUACAUAAUUGUUUAUACAUUUACAGUUAAUGCACUUACUAAUACUAUAUUAAUAAUAUAAGUUUUGAUAAUAAUUGAAUUGUUGUAUAUCUUUAUUAUGAAUAUGGCAUGUGAGGAUUUUGCAUAUAAUAAGCAGUUAGCUACCUAAAAAGAACAAAGACCCCUUAAUUAGAUAGUAAAAGGUUUGGUAUUCAAAAAUUAUAUUAAUUACAGAACUAUUGUUGGGAUCACAUAUUGGACAUUAUAUUUAUAUAAGUAUUAUUUAUUAUUUUUUGUUAUUAGAGUUCAAAAUAGUCAUGUUGGUGAAAUUAAUAUUGUUGAUGAUAACAGAACCAAAACAAGGUCUUCAUUAUCAAUGCGUAUCCCUGUUACAGAUGAACAGGCGAUUAGACCAAAACUGGCAAAACUGUAAGCAUAUAAACAGUAAAAUUUUUUUUAUUUGAGACUACUAUUACUAAUUAAUACUAUUAUAUUCAUAUUGAAUAAAUAUUUAUAAUAUUUUUAAUUUAAUUUAAUUAUUAAUUUUUGUUUUUAGCAUUAUCAAAAGAGCUAACAAAGAAAAUACUAAUUUGGCUGACAAUGGAUCCCCACAAUGUUUUCUUAUAUCUACUUCAGAUAUUCCUGAUACAGUUACACAGGAAAAUAAACGAAAAAUGUAAGUAUAUAAAACAAUAUAUUUUAUUUUUUUAUUAAUUGCUACUAUUUCUCAUAGUUUUUUUAUACCGAAGAAAUAUUGGACAUAAUAUUCACAUGAUUAUUAAUUAAAUUUCAUUAUUUUUUGUUUCUAUGUGAAAAUAGAUUUGUUCAAAAAAAUAAUGUCGCUGACAAUGAAAAUACAAAAAAUACUCCUGUUCCAGUUAAACAGGAAAUUAUUCCAGAAAUGUAAGUAUAUAAAACAAUAUAUCAAAUAUUAUUAUAUUUUUAAAUGCGACUAUUUCUUAUACUUUUAAGUUGUUUCUAUGUAGGUGCUAAAUGGUUUUAUGAUUAUAUUUAAAAUAUAUUUAAAAUAUAUUGUUUAAUGUAUAAAACACAGUUUAAAUUCAAAAUAAUAGUACUACUACUUUUAUUUUAGCAUAUUGACAAAGCUGUGAAAUUGUUUUUGUCUCAUCAAAUAAUAUUAAGCACAGCAGUGAAUAAUAUACAGCAUUACUUAUUGUCAUAUUAUAAAAAUGCUGGAUAUUAGAUGUCUUGUAUUAUGCAAAAAUAUCUGUAAAUUGUAUUUAAAUAUUAUAAGUGAGAUUUAAAAUUUAAUUAAUAAUAUUUCCAAUAACAUUUUUUUUAAUUGUAUGAUCUUAGUUUUAAUAAUGAUAGUUAUUAUCAGGGUUCGGACUUAUAGCAUAUCAAUUUCACAAAGAAGCAUAUAAAACUCCAAAAAAAUUACUCUAAAAAAGUACUUCAAGUAAAUAUUAGACCUAACGGUAGAUGGGUUUAAAUGUCCUCCCUCUAACAGCUUUAAUUUAUUGAGUACGAUUUUCUAACGCUAUACAAAUUAUUAACUCAAAGUUAUUUUUUUCUAUAAUACGUACUAUUUUAUUUAAACAAAAUACAUUUUUGAUAAUAAUUUAUGUCGUUUUAGAAAAUAAUAUUUAAUAAUUUAGAGUCAUUAGACAUUUAAACCUUUUACUAUUUUGUCUAAUAAUAUUUUGUUCAAGGUUUUUUUGGCGCUUUUAUGUGCUUUUUUGUAAAUUUUAAUUGUUAUAAUUCCUGAACACUGGUUAUAAUGAAUAUUAUAUUAAUUUUCUUAUAAUUUGACACUAUUAGUAAUUAGAUAUUAAAAGAUUUUAUUUUAUUAGAAUUGAAAAAGAAUUGUUCAUAUUGUAUUUAUUAAUUAGUUAUAUGAUUUUUAUGUAUAAUGGUACGAGUUAUUGUACUGCAUUUAAGUGUUAUUGAGACUGCAUUAAGAGAUUUUUGUGGCCUUGUCCCGUCCCCCAUUGAAUUUUGAAAAUUCAGAAUGCUGUCUGUGAUGUGUUUUCUAGCUACUUAAAAAAGUGUGUUAUGCAUUUAGUAUUUUUUUGGUGAUUUGGUAGGGUCAAGUUGGUUCUGAAUGCUGUUGAGUCUUCAUAGUGAGUCACUUAAGAACUUAGUGAACAUCUUUAAUGUUUUCAUCUUGUAGAAAGAACAUAUUUUGCUUAAUAGUUUCAGUUAUUUGAGAAUCUCUACUUAUAAUAGCUAAUGUAGGCACAUAAUUAUUUUAGUGGGGUGUUAUGUUAUAUUUAUUUUUAUUUUGUAUAUGACAUUGGCUAUAAUAUCUUAACUUACACUAAAGCAACAGAAAUAAAAUAUUAAAUACAUAAAUAAGUUUAUGAUUAGAUAGAUAAAUAAAUAAAAAAAAAAUAAAUAAAUAAAUAGGUAGUAAAUAUAAAUAUAAAUGUGAAUAAGUAUAUUAACGACAAGUAAAUAAGUAACAAAAUAACAUAGCAACAUAACAGGAUAGCUACAGUUAUAUCUAAUGUUUAAAGGAAUGACAAUUUCCAAAUGAAAUAUUAUUCGGGUAAUUAUAUAAAGGCAUCUUCACAAACAUAUCUCCAGGUUAUUUAUCCAUGUUACUGCAUCCUCUUCGGCUUUGUGCAGUCUUGUUAUACCCCCGUUGAACUUAGUAUUAGGACACUCUUCAAUGAUGUGUUGUAUGGUUUGUUCAGCUCUGCACGAACAUAAAGGAGAAUCGGUCAUGUCCCAUUUGUGUAGGAGACUUUUACUUCUACCCUGAUUAGACUUAGCUCUAUUUAAAGCUGUCCACAUGUGUCGGGGCAGAUUGAAUCCCGGAACUAUCAUCAUUGGGUCAUCAAUUAAUGUUAAGUUCUGCACUCUUGAAUUUUUCCAACGAUUUUUCCACAUCUCGGAUAUUGAUUCUGUCGAGAAUUCCAAGUCCCAGAUAGGGUGUCUUGACUUCAAUCUUUUUAGGGGGUGUGAAACGAUGUUAUUAUAUAUUGGGAGUUCAGGGUUGUUCAUUACUUUUGUUACUUCCUGGUGAGCCUUCAUUAACCCCUUCAAUUCUGGAGAUUUUAUGUUUGCCAGCACUUGCAAUCAUUGAGUUUGGGUCGUUUUCACAGUCUCCGAUAUAAUUCACAUUGACUUGUUGAGCUCUAUGUCUACUUUUUUACAGUAAGCACUCAUUGACCAUACCGAAUCACAGUACUCGGCCAUGCUGUAAACCAAUGCUAGUGUAGAUGUUUGUAGGACUUCCGCGUUACUACCCCAACUUGUGCCCAUUAGUUUUACCAUUAUAUUAUUUCUAGAUUUCAAUUUUUACUUCAUUGUCUCUAUAUGGUCUUUGAAUGUUAAAGAUCUGUCUAUUUUUAUCCUUAGAUACCUUGGGCAUUUGCUAUUGGCCACUGAAGUGUCCCCUAUCUUUAGUUCUAGUCUUGUAGAUGUACUUAUAAAGUAUUAAUAUAAUUUUGACCUAAUUAGGCAUUAAGAUGUAUAUUUGAUAAUAUUACGGCUUAUGAAGAUGUUGUGGAAGAGAAUAGAAUAGAAAAUGGUUUUUUUGGAAAUUUGCACUAUUUGUAGUUAUUCGCACUAGGUGUGCCCUAGACAUUUUCAAGUAUGGAGGGAUGACCAAUUUUUAUUAAGAUAUUUGACUUUAAAAAGUUACAGUGAAGUUUCUUUUUGAUGUUAUAAUAAGUUUAUUGGUUUUUCUUCUUUGCUGAAGGAAAAUGUUUGCACAUCUUAUUUAUUAUUAUAUUUCAUAAUACACUUUGAAAAUAAAAUAGGUACUUACAAUGUAUGAACAAAAAUUAUUAUUUUAGAACAAUAGUAUUAUUAUUUAUUUAUUUUGCUUAUUUACUCCAUAACAGGCAUUCAUUUAAAAAAACAGUGACUUGAUUAUAACAUAAUUAUAGUAAAAUAGUAGCUAUAUAUAACAUUAAUAUUAAAUAUAACAGAUGUAUAAUAUUGUUAGAUAAUACAUUGAUUGUGGAGAAGUGGCCAAGACUAAGCUGAAUUGAGGUUAUGUGAUGUUCUGUACAGUGGUUGAAGCCAUAAGAAGUAUGAUGAUAUGAUAAUUGUAAAAGAGAAUGAUUUCUAGUAGAGUAGGUAGAAAUGCAAUAUGAGAUAAAAGACUGCAAGUCAGGAGAAUCAAGAGAUCCUUCAAGAAAUGAAAUGAUGAAGUAAAGAUCAGCGUUAGCCCACCGAGAGGCUAAAGUAGGGAUUUGAAAGGUGGAGAAAACUAGUGAGUUGUCAUGGAUGGGAUGCUUGAUAUUUAAUUUGAAGGCAACAUAUGAUAGAAAUCUGUUUUAUACUCACUGUAAUCUUAGUUCAUCACGCGCCUGGUAUAGGGGCUAUAUCACCACCCCAUAUUCUAAAGAACUAAGGAGAAAUAAAGAUUACAAAGACAGGAGCUACAUGAGAAAUUGAUGGUAUUACAUUUUAGAAAUCUUAGAAUCCUGAGUGCUCUACUGAUUGUAAUAUUGAUGUGGUAGUCAAAAGAGAGUGGGCAUAAGAUAGAUACCUAGUUCUUUAAUAACAAAUAGACAAUCAAGGAGAAAAACAAUAAGGCAGUAAGAGUGAUGUAAAGGUGAAGUACUUUUUGAGAAGGACAUUACGUGGCAUUUUUCGAUAUAAAGGAAAAGAUUAAUGUUGCUUAUUUAACACGAGAAGGUGUCAAGAUCAAAUUGUAAGAGACGACAGUCAGAAGGAGAGUUUAUUUAGAGGUACAGUUUUUUUUUAUAUCAUUGGCGAAUAAGAGAACUUUAACAAAAGGCAGAUAAUCAUUAAGAGAGUUCAUAAAUAAAAUGAAUAGAAGGGGACUGAGAUGACCACCCAGGGGAACACUGGAUGGUAUGGUAACAAUAUUGGAGUGCACAUCAUUAAUGGAGACAAAUUGUCUUCAUCGUGUUAGACAUGACUGGCCAAAAGAGGAAAGGAUUAUCAAUACUGAGACUAUCAAGAGUAUUUAUUAAAAGACCGUGAUCAACUAUAUCAAAGGUUUUAUUAAAGUCUGUGAAUAUGGUAUCUAUUUGUGAACUAGUUUUAAGAUUGUCCAAAAUAUAAGAAGUGAAUUCUAAACUACGUAUCAUGGUAGAUUUUCCUGGUCUGAAGCUGUAUUGAGAAUUGUUAAUUAUGUGAUUGAAACUUCUUUUAAUGUAGAAGUAUAUAAUGGAUUCGAACAGUUUUGCCAGGUGAGAAAGGAUGGAGAUGGGCCUAUAGUUAGACACAUCAUUAUCAAUCAAACUAGUUUGUUACUAAAAUAAUUAUAAUUGUAGACAUUAAUAUAUAGGCAUGUAAUAUAAUGGACCAGAAAUGACCGUUUUACAUGAAGCAAAUAUUUGUGUGAGAGAAACAGACAAUUCGAGGUUUUUUUUUAUGAAAGAAAAAAUAUGUGUAGAAUUACAAAAGGUAUAGAGAAAUUAUUACCUAAUAUUCUUUUUGAGCUUAACAUAUUGAUUUUGUUUAUUUGAUUAUUAUUAUGAUUUUUAUUUUAGAAAAAAAAAUUAACGAUUUUAAGUGUAUAUUAAAUUUUAUUAAGAAUGUUUAGACCAAUGAGGAUUAAUCCACCUUGAUUUAGACAAACAUUUUCAUUUUACAUAAUCUUAUCUGUUGAUUAUCAGCAUAUUUUGUGAUUGUAGUUAUAAUCUCUUUGAUAAAACUGUAGAUUUGUUAUGAGCCAAGUAGACUCAGAACGAGUUUAUAAGGAUUUGGAUUCUAAACUUAAGAAAAUAAACAACAAUUGUUCUAAACUUAGUUUAUUAUUUACACAAAUAUGACACAUACAUAGGUACUUGUCUCACACUCGGUUAUGACUGGUUGACUAGUGUCCCUCGUGUUCUUUUUAUAUACCUUAAGAACCUUAAAUUUAGACAGUUACUAUUCUAAGUACAUAUCUGUGCUACUUUUUCUUAUUAUGCUCAUAAUAUUAAUUAAUUACAACACAAAAUGAUAAUUUAACAAAAUAAUUUGUUUAUUUUUAUUGUAUAGAUAUUGUAAAAGUAAUAAUGAUAUAUGUGUAAUCGAAAGACGAGAAAUAGUACCAUUAAGUACUAGAAUUUGAGUAAAUAUUAAGUAUCGCAUGAUAAAAUUGUAAGGGCGAAAGAUCAUUCUUAUUGGAAGCAUGAUCCUUUGUCUGGUAGAGGAAGUGUUAGGACCACCCGGUCUAAUAUAAUAGAUGUCAUAAAACGUAGUAAUUAGUAUUCAAUUGAUAUUGUAUUCAGAAGACCUCAAUUGUCUUCUAGGGUGGUUCUAACACUUUCCCUACCAGACAAAGGAUCAUGCUUCCAAUAAGAAUGAUCUUUCGCCCUUACAAUUUUAUCAUGCAGUACUUAAUGGUACUAUUUCUCGCCUUUCGAUUACACAUACAUCAUUAUUACUUUUACAAUAUCUAUACAAUAAAAAUAAACAAAUUCAUCUAAUACAUCUAAUAAAAUUUUAUAUUAAUUUUGUGAUAAAUUCUCUAACCCAAUAUUAUUUAAUUUAGUACGGUUUUUCAAAGAUAUUACCGUGUUUGAUAUUUUUGCCCCUAGUAUUAUGUCUACAGUUCUACUGGUCGACAAAUGCUUAAUUGGUAUGAGUACUGAGUCUGAUGUAAAUGCUCUACAAUCAUCCCUUAUUGAUAUCAAACCUGUCCCUGUCAAUUGAACUUAACACUCAUUUUUUCUUUCUCACAAUCUGACAAAAUGUGCUCUUGUAUAACUGAAUAUACCCACGUAUUUGUAAAUUUUAAUUUAUGAAAUAUAUUUUCUAAUAGUGUAAUGUACCUCACAUGACAAAUUUUCUGCAUUUCUGUUGUUCCUAAUAUCAAUUUCAUUUCAUAUAUCGCUUUUUCAUGUCUAUUAUAUAUUACUUGCUCUCCUAUACACAACUUAUAAUCCAGUGUUUGUUUGCAUUUAUAUAAUUCCUGUGCUCUAUACGAAAUAUAGCUCUCAUAAUUUUUACUCACAGUUAAGUAAUCCAUUUUCGGAUUAACAUACAUAUGUAACGGAUUGCUAUUCUCUUUUACUGGUAACGAAAUUAAAUUAUACAAAGUAAAUUCAAAAUCAACAAUUAAUGGUAUUCUAAUUCAAAAUAUCAAUGUUGUAUUUUUAAACAUGCAUACUACAUCUGCUAUACUCAAAAGCCUAUGAGCCCCUAUUAUGUUUAAUGAAACUGGUAAUGCCCGAUGUUUUGGUAAAUCUCCUUCAAUUUUCUGUAACUGCUCUAAAAUGUCUUUUGGAGUCAGCAUACUAUAAUGAAUUAUCUUCCCUUGUGCUGCUGUUAUAAUUUCCUCUAAUAAAUCCACUUCAAAUAACACUUGACUUAACAUUAAAUUAAAUAGUAUUAUUUGUUGUUCUAUCAAUUGUCGUAAUUCUAUAUCUACUAUUAAGCUAUUCAUAUUUUUUAAUUGAUUCUCUAUUUUCUUAAAAUUUUCAUUCAGUAUUUUUUUUUCCUUAUUUAUAUUAAAAACGUAUUAUCAUACAUAUUAUAUAAUUCAAUUUGAUGAUAACCCGAUGCUAGAUCGAUUGUUGUAAAAUACUUACACUCUCCUAGCUCAUCUAAAAUUUCUGUUAUUUGCGGUAAUGGGAACACAUCUCCUACUGUUACUUCGUUUAAUUUCCUAAAAUCUACGCAUACCCUAUAUUUUUUCACUCCCAAUGCAUCAUCUUUUUUAGGUACUACCAAUAACGGUGCAUUCCAUGCGGAAAUGCUUUUUAAUAUAAUUUUACUAUCUUCCAAUUCUUUUAUUUGCUUCUCUAUUUUCUCUUUUUUUACCCUAGGCAACCUAUAAGGUUUUUUCGUUUAUCGGCGUAAUCCCUUCUGAAAUUGGUAUUUUAUGUUUAAUCGACUUUGUCGUUGACAACUUAUCACCUUCCAGAAAAAAUAAAUCUGCGUAUUUAAAACAAAUUUCAUAUAUAGUUUCCUUUUCUUCUGUAUUCAAAUGAUCUACCCUUAAUGCAUCCAAUAAUAAAUCAAUCCUAUUAUUUUUGUUAUUGCAAACUAAUACUUGUUCACAAUCUUCAUAUUCCUCGUAUUCUAAAUCCCUCAAUUUUAAUUCAUCUAUUUCCUGCCAUUUAUCAGAGUUAUUUAAAAUUAUUCCUUUCACACCUACAAUUUCUAUAUUUCCUAUAACACUACCUAUUAACACAUCCGUCGUAAUGUGUUUGCCUUGUAUUACUAAACAUUUAUUCUGUAUUGGUUUGUCUACUCGUAUAGGCACUACUGCUUGUGCUCGUGGUGGAAUACUAAUUCGAUUAUCCGGUACUAUUAAUACGUCAUUUUCUAGAUCAAUGCACAUUUUAUAAUCUUUUAACAAUUUUUUCUGCUUCUAAUGCUGCCUGAUACGCUUCUCUUAACGUAUUUUUAUUCUGGAAUUUCACCAACUCAUAAUAAGGUUCCCUUAAACCUGCUACGAAUACUGUUAAUGUCUGUCUUUUUAUCAUUUUAUUAAUAACCGUUUCCUCAGAUUUUUUUUGUAUUCUCCAAUAACAGUGCUUCUAUUAACUGAAAACAGAGCGCUUCCACUUUUUCAUAAUAUACCUUUAUUUCUUCAUUCGCCAAUUGCAUACACGCUGCUAACUCUAAUUGUAAUUGUCCUACUGUCUGUUGUACCCCAAAGUUUUCUAACAAUACUUCUUUUAAUUCUUCAUAAUUAUCUAUACUUUUAAACCUUGUUACCUGGUUCGCUCUACUUGUUAAUUUUGCUAAUAUGCCUUCCAACACCAACGGUUUGAUAGUUUCUACAAUAUUAUUAAGUACAUAUUCGCACGUUUUCAAGAAGCUCAUUAACUCUUUUUCUUCCCCCCCCAUACCUAGGUAUGGUUUUAAUCCCUGUUUCAUGUGUCAAUUUUGGAAUUUUAACUUUUUUUUGUACCUUAAUUUCACACAAAUCUACCAAAUUAACACUCUUGUCAGAAUCGGUAUUACAAUUACUAUCACUAAUACUAGACAUGCAACCCUACUUACUGUAAUUUCUUAUCAUGUUUGUCUCCUAAUUGUCUGCUCCUACACCAAAUGUUCCUCUGCAAUUUCUCCUGUUGCUGUCCUAUGAUACCAAUUCUUUACUCUGAAUGGUGUCUUCCGUCUGUUUGUAUACUGCUCCUAGGUUGAACCAAACCAAAGUUGAAACCUGUUCUCUUCGUAUUGUCUGUGUGGUAACUAUCCGUUCCUUGAUUAUUCGCUUCAAAAGAGAGAUCACACCUAUUGUACUACUACUGCAGUUAUAAUACAGUAUGUGUUUUCCUCCUGUUUUGAAGAGCACUAUUGCCACCAAUUAUGUUAUGAGCCAAGUAGACUCAGAACGAGUUUAUAAGGAUUUGGAUUCUAAACUUAAGAAAAUAAACAACAAUUGUUCUAAACUUAGUUUAUUAUUUACUUACACAGAUAUGACACAUACAUAGGUACUUGUCUCACAUUCGGUUAUGACUGGUUGACUAGUGUCCCUCGGGUUCUCUUUAUAUACCUUAAGAACCUUUAAUUUAGACAGUUACUAUUCUAAAUACAUAUCUGUGCUACUUUUCCUUAUUAUGUUACAUAAUAUUAAUUAAUUACUUACAACACAAAAUGAUAAUUUAACAAAGUACAAUAGAGGUCUUCCGGAUACAAUAUCAAUAGAAUACUAAUUACUACGUUUUAUUACAUCUAUUAUAUUAGACCGGGUGGUCCUAACAGAUUUAUAUAGUUGUGUUAGCAUCAUAUAUUUUGUAUCAUUUCUGAUCUAUUCUAUUAUACGUCAAUGUAUUAAUUAAUGGACUACCCCUAGAGAGAGACAAAAGCAGCUAACUUUGAUAGAGAGAGAUAGUCAUAUCAUAGAGGUAGUAAAUUACAAUUCAUUUCUUCCACUGUUUAAAAUUUUGUAUUUUAAUAUUUUAUCCAUGUGUUCCUUAAUUCAUCUGUGAUGGGCCAUCCGAAAAUAUCUGAGUGCAUCAGGAUGGCUUUAUCACUCAUCGUGUUUCCGAGUCUGUUGAUGGUAUGUGGUAGACUAUAUGUGUUUAAUAUCUCAUUUUUUAUGACGAUAGCAAUUAACAGUUAUAAUAUUUAAUUAUUAUUAUAAUAUUAUAGAUUUAAGUUUCAUGAUAAAUUGAUAACACUGCUUAAAACGAUGUUCCUUUAAUAUCUUAUGGUGCCAUCAGUGAUGCCACUGAUGACAUCACAGAUAAAUUAAGGAAUAUAUGGAUUAUAUGCUCGGAAGAAAUUCAUUUGAUUAUACUGGUAUACUCAAAUAAUUAUACCAGGUAUCUUAUUUUAUAUUCGUAUACCGAAUUGUUUUAUACCGGUGUAUCAAGAAAUUCAUUGACUUGUAAUUGGUACAAAAUAACAUUAUCACCUCUUUAGUCCAUGCUUAUUUGUUAUCACACUGUACACAUACCUUUGAUUUAAUAAUCAUUUGGAUCUUUAUUCUUCACAAUUCAAAAAUUACAAUCUGACGAAAAAUGAAUGUAGAAAAUAAUUCAAUCACAAAUGUUAUAAUAUGUUAUGCUAUGGUAAUUUGAUAAGAAUCUGAAACAGGGAAAUGAUCGCGAUUUUGAAAUUAAGAAAGGAGGGGAUUUUACUGGUAUAAAAUAUUUGUCCAUUCUUUUUUGUUUUGAGAAUUGAGCUAAUAGCUGGCUAUACACGAACAGUUUAACUGUCAGAUUUGUCCCAUGGCCGACCAAAUCGGUCAUGUUGGUAUGUGCGUAUAUGGAUAAAAGUAUCACUGACCGGCAAUCGAACGUUUUCACUAAAGAUAUUUUUGGAAGAUGAAUACUAUAUAUUACCUAUAUUAGGCCUAUUACUUACUUAGUAAAUUAGUAAAAUCUGUGCCAUUCAUUCUUAAAUAAUUUUUUAAGUCUUCUGAAUUAUUUUCUUUUAAAUCUUUUAAAAGAGUACAUUAUUUUGUUCACUUUUCUGUUCUAUCCAUUUUAUACCCGUGUUCGAUUUUUCUUUUUUUUUGAAGUGUCUUGCGCAAUAAUUGCCAUAGCACAUACAAUGGCAAUCUUUUUUUUGUUUUUAUACAUUUUAUGUGGAUAAGUCAGGUAUAACGUCAAAUAAUAUAUUAUAUUGUGAACAUACUCUGUAAACUAAAUACAAAUUUGUAAAAAUGAUCACAUAGGUAUAACUAAACAACCUAUACUUUUCUUAAAUUCUAUAGGAAUGGCGAAAAAUAUUUUUAACAUGUCGGAGGAUCAAGGGACAGAUCAUAACCGCAUGAAAAUUGACAGUUUUAAACAUAAACUUACAUGUCUAGUCUUUAUAUUCCAAGGGGCGGGAUAAUUCGGCAGAUCUGGAAUAAUAGUGUAUGGGUAUCAACAAUUAUGUACUUCGACGAAUUAGAACUGACGACCUGAUCAGGAGAUCUGGAAUACCAUUUCAAAACUAACGGGACAUCUUCCGAGUAUGAGGGGCUAAUAGCAUCUUCAAGCUGAAAGUUUCCAUAAAUUAAAAAGGAUUGAGGAGUGAAUUGAUUUUAUAAUGAUGGUUACUAUUUUUUUUUCUGCGGAUAACUUUUCUACCAGCAAUUUUGUUCUAAUUUACAAUGAUAGCGCUUUUUCUGAAAGGAAACCGGACUCGGGAGAUACUUUGGGGUGGCCAUUUUUUGAUUUUCCCUAUAAAUGAGAAAAACCGUGAAAAAAAAAUAAAAACGGGAAAAUAGGUACAAUCUUAAACUUUAAAUAAAUAUUAUUAAAGAAAAUAUAUAAUGCAUAUUAUGUAAUUAUUUUACAAUAAUUUGACAUACAUAAUAUUGUUGACUAACAACCGAACUCCGCUUAGAAUCGUUUUUUCGUUACCAAUGGUUUAUCGUUACUUAUAGAUAUAAAUUAAAUUUCCCCUUUAUUUCCUUCCAAACUUCUCACCUAUGACAGUGGCUGCACCCAUCCAAUAGGGAUAAUAAUAGGGAUCUAUUAUCCCAGGACAUUAUUAUUACAUUAUAUAUUUUUUAUAAAGUUAAUGUUGAAUUAAUUGUUUAAAAAACAAGACAUGUACAUAUAGGUAUUUAUAUUUUAUAACUACUUAGUUUCGGCAUAAUUGAUGAUUAAUAAUUAAUUCUAUUAUUAUUUAUAAAUGAAAGGUAUUAAUUAUUCCUUUUUUGUACAUAAUAUAUAUAUCAAUCAAUAAGUAAAUAAAUAUAAUAUAUAAUAUAAUUGUAAAAUUUAACUAAAAAUUAAGUAUGAAUCACUGUUGAAACGUAUACAAAAAUCUUUCUUCGGGCGAAUGCUAGCACACUUUGGUGAAUUGCCAAUUUGCCGUAAUUUUUUUUGUCAAUGUCGUUGCAUUAAAAGAUAAGAAAGUGGCGUCAUCUUAUCUUCUUUACAUCGUGAUUAUAUAGGAGCGUUUAAAUCAUAGACCUAAUAAACUAGUUAUUUGAUAACAUGUUGAAUAUCGGCAAACUAAAAUUUUGAAUAAAUAUGGUGUUGUAUUUAAAACUUACUAACUGCUGCCCAAAACAAGUUAUAAACUAUCUUUAUAAUAUUUAAUUUAAGGAGAUUGGUAAAACCCACUUUAUCUAUACAGGCAUGACAUCGAAAUUUAGACAUGUUCUAUUUUAACAUAUUGCUUGAAGUAAGUUUAUGAAAACAAAAUAUUACAAAUAAUAAAUUUUUCUGGAUAUUCACUGAUGAUAUCAUACUAAAAUCUGAUCAGUAUUAAUUAGUGUUUAAUUCUGUUAAAUUCACGAUCUUUUUUUUUCCUAAUUAAUUUUCCUUGUGAUAUUUGUAAUAAUAAUAAAAUCCUUUCGAAAACAUGCCCGUAAGGUAGAAAAUAUUAUUCUUGAAAAAUAUGAUUUUUCAAAACGUAAUAAAUAAUUGCUUCAAUCUUGAUUUUUUUGAAAAAAACUAUUGAUUGAUCAUCAAAAUUCUGAGUGUGGCGUAUCGAUCAAUAAGGUAAUUUUACAAUUUAAUUAUAUUACAGGAAUGUUCUGAGUUUUUCAUUAUAAUAAUAUUUGCUAAAAUCCCUUUUAUUUAUGUUACUUUUAUUAAUCAUAUUUAUUCAAAAUUUUAAUUUGCAACUGAUAAUCAACAUGUUUUUUAUACAUUACACGCACGAUAUUGCAAUACACGUGUGUACUAUGAGGUGCAUUCCUGUAUUUAAACACUCCUAAUUAUAUAACUAGAUGACUUGACAAUGUUUUGCUACUGAUAAUAGUGUAAAUAAUAAUAAUUUUUAUCUUGUCCAUGAUAACCAAAUUAUUAUUUGUAUCAUCAAGGUAACCUACGAAUAGACAAAAAUAAAUAAAUAUAUUUUCAUAAAAAAUUAGAUAUUCAUAUCAGAAAUAACUAAAAACUCCUAUGUAAUUCACAGAAUUGUUAAUGAAACGUUGUGUCAAAAUUUGAAAAUGAUUGGUAAAGAGUUUUUUGUUUUAAACUAUUUUUCAUUUCAUCCGUGUAACUAGUAACCCAUAAUUCGACAAAAAUAAUUUAAUUUUCAUACCAAAAAUAUCUUUUUAUCUCUCAUUUCAUCGUCUCAUAGGUCAUUGAAAUGAAGACUAUGCUAUCUUUUAAGUUGGACCAAAUCACACACAUUGAAUAUUAUUUUAUCGAAAUUGGUUGAGUAGUUUCAGAGUGCAUCAAUUCGUCGUACGCGUGAUUUGUUUGAUAAUAAUAUGUGUUAUUAAUUAUCUAUAUUAUGGUCAAACAAUUUUUAAGCAUUCUUUCUUUCUUCAUUCUUUCAUUUCUUUUUUCAUUCUAAACAGAAAUGCUUGAAAAUUUAACAGUAGGUUUCUUAAAAGUUUUACUUCAUGUUCAAAAAAAAAAAAAAAAUUGAGCUUUAUGUAGUAUUUUUUCUUUUUAUAAAAGAAUUUUAAUAUUCAAUUUUUAAAAAUUAUUUUGAACAUAUGUAUAUUGCUGAUUUGAGAAAUGAUGGCGAAGACAAAAUUGAGCAGACUGAUUUAGUUUUGAAAUUAUAGCUUUUUGAAGUUCUGAUAUUAUAUGCCGGAUAUUAUGUGUUAUGUUAAUUAUCUCAAUAAAUUCAUCUCUGAGAUCGCAAAUUUAAACCAGAAUUCCGAGAAUUUUUUUUUGCAAAACCGUGUUGGGUAGGUAACGGAAAAAACAAAAGCACUUUAUUUUCAUUAAAUAUUAUUGUGAUUGUAAUUUAGUAUUAUUAUUAUUUUUUUUUAAGAUAAAACCAAGUUUUAGAAAAAUCAUAAAUAUUACAUCCUUUCAAAACAUGUAUAACCGAAUUUUGCUCCUAAUCGUUUUUCGUUAUCGUUAUGGUUUAUGGUUGGUUUUAGAUAUAAAUUAAAUAACUAUGUAUCCCGCAUUCCCCACUACCCACCUACAACAGUGACCGCAUCCAUUUCCAGUAGCAGCUCUUUUAUUUUUUUUCGUCUGUUUCUCAAUCACUUUUAAAAGAAAAUUUGCUUUGAUGAAUCGUGUGUACCAACUUUUCUGAAAGGAAAUUUUGUUUUGUUUGUGCAUUUGAGAAGUUAUUUUAUGAAUUUUUAAAGAAUUCUCAAAAUAAUUAAGAAUAGCCGUAAAUAAAAUUAUUAUGAGUGAAACUGCUAAUAUUAACGACGUACUAUAAUAUUGCCGAUUUUAUUGUUUUUAAUUUUGACGAAUUAAGUUUUCUACCAGAAAUAAUACUUUAAUUAAAAAAUACCAAGAGACCUUUUUUGUUGAAUUUUGGAUCUAAUUAUUCACGAAGUAAGAAAUUUUAUGAUUUUCCCAGCUGUCUUUUUUGGUUUUCCCAACUGUUAUAAUAUAAUUGGAAAAAAACAAAAAAAUAUGUAAAUGAAAACGGGAAAAUAUAGAACAUUUAAAGUAGAUACACCGUGAAUAUCAUUAAGGCACUGUAGAACACCCUGAAUAAAUUAAAUUAUCCUUUUUAUCUUUCUUUACCAGUGCUUGGACAAACAGUUUUAUAAAUAUUUUCAAUAAACUUAUACAUAAACAUCAGUUUUUUAAGUAUGGGCUAUUUUUUUUUUUUUUACUAGAAUCCAACUCUCUGAAAUCAUUUUAAUCUAAUACCCAUUGACAAAAAAAAAAAUUAUGAUAAAUCUUUAAAAUACCUAGGUCAUCAAAACUCCUAUUUGAUUUUAAAAUUGUAUCAAAUAUUGAAAAAUGAUGAGAAAAUAAUAAAAUUCUACCUUCUAGAUUAUUCACUAGUCGAAUAAUUUACUAUCUUCAAUCUAAUAUGGGUUUAGACCAAAGUAAGAAAUAAUUGAUAACAACAAAAAUUUGUUUUAAUAUUUUUAGACUUUGCCAAGGCUUUUGAUACAGUAGACCAUAUGAUAUUAUCAAAGUUGGAAAAAUUGAGCUCCGAGCCUAAUUAAAUUAUAUUUAUCACAGAUAAUGCAAUUUGUAAAUAGUAAGGGACAUUGAGUUUGAGCUAACGUAUUCUAUGCGAAGUUCUACAAGUACUGCAUUAUCUCCCUUUCUCUUUAAUGUUAAAAUAAAUGGCAUUGAUACAAAAUGCUAUCUGUCAAAAACCUAUUUUAUAAAGUAGCUGCUUGAUUUAUUUUUGGUAUCAUUGUUUAAGUUGUUACUACAAGGCCCCAAGAAUUCAGAAAGAAGGAACAAUUGAUUGUUAACUUAUAAGCAUUAUAUAAAAUAAUAUGGUCUGUUGUGAAUCAGGAGCUAGGGAAAUUAUAAUAUUAUCAGAAGACCAAAAUAUUUGAGAAAUAUAUGAAAAGAAACUAAAGAACAGUAAAUUUGUAUUACAGAAAUAAAAUAAGUUUUCUGAAUGGGAUACUGUUGGAAAUAUUUGAUGAAUUUUCUAGUUUUCUUAAAAAUAGAAAACCUAAAACCUGAAACUAAUAAUGAAAUUAAACAUGGAACAAUUUUCAAAUCAUUUUGGUUUUUGAGUUUUUGGGUUUUCAGAUUUAUUGGGUGUUAUUUAGAUACUAUUGGAUUAUUUAUCUUAAAUGCUUAAAUAUUUGAUGAAAUGUUUAUCAUAAUUUGUUUUUAGUGGUAAUGUAGUAUUUUUUUAUAUUUUACAAGUAUCUUAAUUUCAUGAAAACAGUAAAAAUCCUGUAUUUUUCGAACUUUUUUUCAUCUGAUUAAAAUUUUUUUCUCUAGAAAUACAUAUUGAUUAAUUUUAAUUGACUUUUUAAUUAUAAAUAAGUGGAUCGAGUUUUAUUGGUUUUACAAUGAUGUUUAUUAUUUUUAUUUUUUUAUGUGAAGACUUUUUACCAGGAAGCAUACUACGAUUAUCAAGUAUGACACCUUUUUUGAAAGGAAAUGUUCUCUGGGUGGUACUUAAGAGAGAUUAUUUUUUGAAAUUCUAAUUAAUAUUCGAGAUAAUGAGGAAAAUCUGGUUCUUAAGGUCAAAAAGAUUGAAAGAUUAAAAAUAAGGUUGUCAUUGGCAACUGUUUUAUUUAAUUUUUUUGUUAUUAAGUUUUUAUUAUUUUACAAUCUUUUUAAACAAUCCUUCUUGUCAUGGAAACGCACAUUUUUGAAAUCGUUUUACCAUAAUAUGUCAUAUAUGCAAAUUGUUGACAAAGUAACACUAUCAAUUGAAUUCUGCUUAGAAUUGUUUUUUUGUUAGCAAUGGUUUAUCGUUGCUUACAGAUAUACAUUGAAUUCCCAUUUAAAUCCUACCUUCCCAAGUUUUUACCUACAAAAGUGGCUGCACCUAUGUGCAAAUUAUAUCCGCUAUUUUUUUUCUAUGAAGUCCAACAUAAUGUUGUUAUAUUCUUAAUUUGAAAAUAUCAUUAAUCAAUUUACUUUAGAAAUAUAUACAUGGGUAUUUUACAUUAAAAGUUUUCAAAAAGUUUUAAAAGUUAUGCCUAGUUUACACGAUGCGUAGUAAUUAUCAUUAACAUUUCUCACUCUCACUAACCCUUCCGUGUUGUAAGAGCAGGAUGGCGUGGCCGAAAAUUAGUCUGUAGGAAUUUUAAUAAAUAAACUACUAGUUAACUAAUCAAUAAAAAGCUAAUAAUUUUAUUAGUUUUAACACAAUAGCAAUUUCAUUACAAUUUGUCACUUGAUUAAACAGAAGUGAAAUUGUAAAAAAGAUUCAACAACAAAAAAAAAAGAAAAGAUGGCACAGAGCGUAGCAUUACUGCAUACUGGCCAUGGAAGAACUAAACUUACUAACAAGCCUAAUCCCCACAAUAUUCAUAUAUAUUACUACAGUGUAAACAGUAAAAAUAGUGCGAAUGUGAGUGGAAGUGGCAAUAAUUGUAACUUAUGAAUUAAUAGAACAGUGUCUUAUUUAUCAUCAACAAGUAGCUAAAAGCUCCUUAGCUCUGUAGAGGAGCACUACUAUUCUAUUUAUUGCUGCUCAUGUAACGGGUGACCUCUAGAUGGUAGUACAAACUACAAGUGCGUAGUAGUAGUGAUGAAUAUGAUAAUACAAUAACAAAAUAUUUUUUUAUCACUGGUUCUGUGUGUAGUGUUAUACUGUUUGCGUUUUAAUUCAUAUUUUUAAAUAAUUUUAACAAAAUUAAUGUCUGAAAUACAUAAAGGACAUUUCAUUUAUAGGUACAUUAUUUACUCUCAAGAUUAGUUGCAUUUAAAAAUAAAUUAACUAUUUAUUCUUUAUUGAAAAUUGAUAUACAUACAUUUCUAGGCAAAUAUUUUUUCUAUUAUUUGUCAUAUACAACAGUUACUUUACUAUUUAUAAAUUAAAUCUCAUUCAUAAACAAUAUUUCAUUUUCUAUAUUUAUAUGUUUGUAGUGCUGCAGGUCAUGAUAACAAUAAUAGUAUUGUUUCCAGAAAAGUUACAAAUGAUCAGCCCAGUACAAGUAUAUCUGACAUGUAAGUAAAUAUUGAUAUUCAAAUAUUGAUGGUGUUUAGGCAAAAACUUGGAUCCAAGUGAUAUUUUUCUAGCAUUUAAAAAGAGCAAAAAAGCUAGUUUUUAUUUUAUUUUAAAUUUUGAAUUCCAAUAACUUUUUUUAUUUGAUUUUUAAAAUUUUAUUUUGUCAUUUUUUUAAGUAAAUUAUUGUCAGUUUUUAAUUUAUUGUUAUUGAAAUUCCAUGUUUAUGAAAAAUUUUGUUUCUUUUACAAAUUUUAAUUUGAAUUUUUCGUGUUCAUACCCCUUUUGAUAAUAAUGAGUUAUAACUAGUUAUUGUGUUUGUAAUAGUGAGUUAACAAUUUGGAGUUUGACAUUUGUGGUUAUGUGAUUACGUUUCUUUGUCCCCAUAAAUGUAUUAUUAUUGAUGUUUAGUCCCCAAAAAUGUCAUCUUGGCCCAUGAUAUAGAAUUAACACAUAAAGUACCAUUUAGAUAAUAAAUUCCUGAAUGUUAGCACUGGGAAGCUACUUUCCUUAAGCUCUCAUUUCUUGUAUGCGUAUACUUUUUGUUUACUCUAAUAUGCUUAUUGUUACUGUUAUUACAGAUAGUAUAUUUUAUAAUAAACGUUUAAAAAAAAUCAAAUUAAAGUUGAGAGUUGAACCAUACAUUGCACUUAUAUUUUUUCUACCAUAUUUUUUUUAUUUACUUUAUUGAAAUAUUGUUGGUCGAUACAUCUAAAUUAGUUUCAAUAUACUUAAAAAUAAUAGCUGCAUUCAAAUUGUGUGUCAAAAAAAGAAAGCGAUGUUGGUCACCAACCGAGUUGUGUGCAAGGUUUUUUGCAACAGGAAAUUUUUAAAUAAUAAUAUACAAAUGACUUAUUUACUUGGGUAAAGUGUUGAAAGGAUAUAGGUUUAAAAAAUGAGUACUUAAGAGUACUAGGCACUAGCUUAGGUGUGACUUCAAUAGUAGAUAAAAUGAGAGAAUGUAUAUGUGGCGUUUGAACAGCACCAAAAACCAUUUUCAUAUUUAUAGUAAUAGCUAUUUUCAAUAAAAGAUAUAUGUUUAAAAGUGUGGAGGGUCACUAAAGAUAAAAGUUAUAAUAAAUAAAUAUAAAAUUAAUAAUAAGAUAAUAAAAUAGAGUAAAUAAUAUUUUCCGAUAUUUGGUCAAUGUAGGAGUUAUAUUACAAAUGGAUAUCUUUCAAGGUGCCUUUAAAUGCACAGAUCGGACAUUCGUUGGUGAUGUGUUUAGUCGUCUGGGAUUUAAGGCCAUAGUUACAUGUUUAAUAAAUCCUCAUUUAAAAAAAAAUGUGGAUACUCCUACUAUGGCCUGUCCUGAUACAGUUUAGUGUUACCCAAGUAUUUCUUUAGAAAUCAAAUCUGGGUUGUUUGAUUGUAGUUGGGUUAGUCAAUAGUUUUUAGUCUUCUGGAUUCUCUAUUAUUCAAUAGUUUUCCAAUUUAUAACUUAUGUUAAAUUUUUCUCUGGUGAGAUCCCGUGAUUUUCUCCACGAUAAUUUUUGGGAUUUGAGUCGUAUGUUUUCUAAUGUAGCGUGUUCUCUACGUAAUUUUGAAGGGGCAGUGUUACUAAGGACUGGUAGUCUUUUGCCGGUGGGAAUUUCUUUAGUCCGUAAAUUGAGCGCAUUGCUGAAUUUGACGUUUGUAUACAUUUGUGUGAACACUAUAAGGCAGACAGGUACACUGAAGCUUACUUGGUAUUUUUUACUUCUUGUCCACUGAAGCUGACAUUUAUUUCUGGACUUGCUUUUUUGUUAUUUAAAUGGAACACUGUUACUUAUGUUUUUGAUAGGUUCGGUGUAAGUCUUCACUUUAUAAAAUAUGAGUCUAACUUGUCAAGGUCAUUGGUUACUAACCUUUUAGUCUCUAUUCUAGCUAGAGCAAUAUCAUCCACAUAGUUAAACUUUUUGGAGGUUGUCGGAGGUAGGCUUUUUGUAUAUAGGUUAAAUAUAAUAGAACCAGAUCUAAGCCCUGUGGUAAGCUAUUAUUUAGCACUUGUCUAUUACUAAGCAUGUUUUUUUGAGUAGUGUGUGUAAUGUUUUAUAUGGGAUUACAUUGAGGAAUUUAGAUAGAAGACCCUUUUACCAGACUGUCAUAGGCAGAUGACAAAUCUAUAAAAGCUGAAGUAGUUUUUGAUGUAAGUGAUUAGUGCCAUAACUUGAUCACAAUAAUUUUUUUGUGAGCGGAACCCUACCUGUUUUUACGGUAAAAACUAUAGUUUCCGAUAUUUGGUUAUAAAUUAACCUCUCAAGUAGCUUGUAGCACGCUCUUAAUAGCGAUAUAGGUCUGUAAUUUUUAACCUAAUCGUCUGGCUUAUGUGGUUCUAUAACUGGUAGUACCUUGGUUGUUUUGAGUAGUUUUGAUAAUUAACUUCAGCGGAGUAUGUCUGAGAAUGAUGUCUAAAAAAAGGCAAUUUAUAUAAAAAGUACAACUUCUGUUGAAUGUGAAAUGUUAUUUGAUACCAUUUAAUAAAUAUUAUAUUUGUAUAAUGUGAUGUACAGCCCCCACAUGUUUUUUUUUGAUGGAACACCUAAAAUAAAAGUAUGUAAAUAUCGGCAAUUGUCUCUUCUACUAAAUUUUGCUAUCAAAAACUAAAGUUUCAAUUUUAUAUUAAAUUUGUAAUUAAAUUAAUGAUUUAUAUACAUAAAUACCUAGAUAACAAUAAAAAAAACUAUUUUUACACAAAAAUAUGUUUCAUUUAAUAUCUAAAAUUAUAUAUUUAUGAGAUUCGGAGCAUAUCGAGGGAUCUAUUGGUUUCACCAUGGUCUCAGAAUAUUAGAUCUGGUAAGUCGCCAUGAUGUGUGUUUUUGUAUUUUUUUUUUGUUUUUCUGUCUGUGAACAAUUUUUCUACUGGAAAACUUGCUCCGAAAUACAGACUGUAGCACUUUUUCUGAAAGGUAAUUUCUCUCAUUGAUGCAUAGAGGAGGUAAUUUUAUGAUUUUCCGAGAGGUUUUUAAAAUAAUUUGGUAAAACCCGAAAGAAAAGUAUAGGUAAAACGGCUCGCUGCGGUGUUACGUUUUCAUUAUUUUUAUUAUAACAUGGUGUUUUUUACCAGAAAUAUUGCUCCAAUCAAAAAACUACAAGAAAUUGAUUUUGUUCCUUAUAAUACUUUGUCAAGAACAAUGUAAGUCGUUUUUGAUAUUUAAAGUAUUUUUCAUAAUAAAUGGGAAAAACCACAAAAAUUAAAAUGUACGAUUUUUUUUAAAUUACGACACAACAAUUUCAUUAUUAUUAAUUAUCACGGCUUAUAUUUUCUACCAUAAAUAUUACUCCAAUAAAAGAUCAUCAAGAUAUCUUUUUUGUUGAAUUUGUAAUCUAGUUAGCGAACAAGAAAAUCGUUUGUUUUUUUUCUUUGUAAUUUUAAAUAAUUAAGCAAAACCGUUAAAAAAUGCUGAAAGAACGGGAAAAUGUACGGAAAUAAUAAUUUUAUUAUUUUCAAUUUUGUUUUUUUAAUGUAAUUUAAUAUAUUCAUAUAUAUUCAUAAAACCUUGAUAUUUUGACAAAAACUUAUAUUUGCUUUUUCUAGGUGUGGUAAAAUUUUCAAAAUAUUUGAUCUACUUUUGAGCUAAUUAUAGACAUUUUAAUUUUGCAAGUUUUGUACUGCAUUAUUUUUAUUUAGUAGAUACUCUGUGGAUACAAUUGUUAGAUUCAACAGAAAUUAUAGAAAAUUUAACAGGAGAUUCCAUAAAUGUCGUACUUAAGGACUAUUUACACACAGCAGUGACGUGACCGUGCCAUACCCGUUCCGGGAUUCUACUGACCGUGAUUUUUAUUCACAAUGGUCAGUUAUUCAUCCGUCAUUGAGUACUGUGCAUCGUAUCUCGCACUUAUUCAAUAAGAUUUUCAUCGUUCAUUUUCAAAAACUGAGAGAGAAUGAAACACGACAAAAAUCACGGCCGUGAAAUAUGAAAAAUAUCGUCGGCAAGUAAUCGCGAAUUUACGGUACGAUAACGGCGACUGUUUGCGCCGGUACGGUCACACGCGGGGCGAGUGAGAACAACAAUCUUAUCUCUCCUUUAAGAAUAUUAUAAAUUUCGCCGGGGGAAUCCCAGAACGGUCACGGCACUGUCACGUCACUGCUGUGUGUAAAUAGGUCUUAGAGUUUUAAAAAAAAAAAAUUGAGCUUUAUGUAGUACAUUUUUUUUAAAGAAAUUUGAAUACUAAAUUUGGCGAAAAUUGUAAAUAUUACGACCUGUCGAAACAUGUAUAACCAAAUUUUUCGAAUCGUUUUUCGUUAUUAAUGAUUUAUCCUUUGUUAGAGGUAUAAAUUAAACAAUUUUAUGUAUUUCAAUUUCUUACUACUCACCUACAACAGUAGCUGCACUUGUCUCUAGUAUCAACCUUUUUUAUUAUUAUUUAUAUAAUAAUCAAAAUAAUAUUUAAUUAUAUUACAUAUAAUAUACAAUAUAUAUUCUGCCCUCUGUCAGUAAGGCCUGCGCAUACCCAUGCAUAAUACUACAUCUUCCUCAUUAACAUAAGCUUUGUACUCUAUCAGUAGCUAUUUAUAUAUUUAUCGGAUCAGGCCGAAAUAUAAUACCUGUUCGUAUACCUAUGGGAAUGUUUUGUUUAGCAACAGCUAGAACAGCUCUUACAAACUUUUUUAGUUUUCAAGGGUAGCAGGGAUACAUUUUACAGCAGAGUUAAAAUCUUUCGCGUAGUUAAUCCUAUUUACUUUAGAUAGAUUCCUAUGAGGUUUUGGGGUAAAUUUUACUAUUGAAAUUUGAAGGCCAAUUUAAUCCGAGUGAUGAUUAAGAAUUUCGGUCAAAGCAUUUCUUGCAGAAUACACAAAAGUACAACAGUAGUACCUUUUGACUUUAAUAUACCUGCCGACCGGACCUUUUUUUUUUAGCGCUGAGUGCUGUUUAAGAGCCGGAUGGGGAACGGGGCAGAGCCUCAAGUGUAUUCAAUGCACUGUUCUGAUUCCAACGAACUUACCGUUUAAAUUGAGUGUCCAGUUUCUUGUUCGCCUUGCAUUCACAAAGAUUAUUUAUAAAUCACAAUGCCAAUUGGUUUUAUUAAAAAUAAACCUUAAAUUACCUUGUUUUUUCCAUGAUCAGUUGCACAUGUUUGAGAGUCGGUAAACCAUCGGCGCUAUUCGUUUUUCUAUGAACAGAAAUAAAAAAAAAUAUUGUUCAUCAGUAAGCAUUAAAAACACCAAUAAAUUAUUGCCAAAAAAACUAAUUCCGAUUUUUUCAUUUCAAUAAAUAAAUUUUUGUAACUGAAACUGUUUUGUUUCAAUUUACAUAAAUUCAAGAAAAAAUUCAGCUGAAUGAAUCCUUUAUCGACUAAUGGACCAAUUUAAACCCUGCCUUUCGUAAAACAGUCUGCGUGCCUGGAGAAGGUUUAUAGAUUACGAAAAUCAUAUUAAUUUUUAUUAAUUCAUGUGUCACUUAUGAUACACUUUUAGUUUGCCAAAGUCAGAUUGCCCAUUUUUCACUAAACUUUUUUUGUUCAAUAGUGGCACGAAAAAUUACGAGUGGGACAGCUAGUUUAUUAAACACUCUUAAGUGAUAAAGAAACCAAUUUAAAAUUAAGGAGCUUGUGUGGGACCUUAUUUUUAAAUGUUGAGUGGAACAAUGUAUAAUAUAUUUGUUUUACUGAUUUUUUUUUUUUUUUGUGUGAGCAAUUAUUUUAUCAAAAAUCGUGUUUCAAAUGGUUUUCUGUGUAGUUUUCAAUUAAUUGGAAAAAGUUUAUGACAUUUAUAGUUUCAUUAUUUUAGAUUUUGAAUUUUUCUUGUGAUUCAGGUUAAAAAUACCCUAGAGACCUGAAAUUUUUACAAAAUAUUUAUAUUAGCCUUUUCUAGAUGUGGUUUAAUUUUUAAAAAACAUACAAGUGAUUCUUGAGCUAUUUAUAGGUAUUUGGGGAUUUCUAAUUUGUUCAUAUUUUUUAUUUGGUAGGUAUAAUGUGAAUGAAGUUAUUUAACCAAACAGAAAUGCUCAAUAAUUUACUUGGAGAUUUAUUAUUAGUUCUAUUUAGUGGUCAAAAUCAGAAAGUAUUACUCUUUACUUUCUUAUAGUAACUAAUUUUAAAUUUUGAGUAAAGCGAAGUAGUUUAUGGUUUUACAAAAAUUUACAAAAUAUAAUAGAUAUAAUAUUACAAUUGUUUUUUUCUGUGGAUAACUUUUCUACCAGCAAUUUCGCUACCAACUUUUAAUGAUACCAAUGUUUCUGAAAGGAAAUUUCACUGGGAAGGCAAUUUAUAGAGGUCAUUUAACAUUUUUCCUGGAAUUUUCUCAAAAAAUAUAAAAAAUUGAAAGUACAAUAUUAAACAAAUAUUAUUAAAGACAAUAUAUAGAUACUAUUUAAUUAUUUUACUAUAAUAUGGCAUAUAUAUUGUUGACAAAGUAUCGCUAUCAACUAAACUCCACUCGGAAUUGUAUUUUCGUAAACAAUGGUUUAUAUAUCGUUGCAUACAGGUAUACAUUAAGUUACCUAUAACAGUGACUGCACCCAUCUCCAUUAUCCUAGGAUGUCUUUUUGUAUUUAAUGAUUUUAAGAUCAUUUAAGAUCUUAAUGAAAAUCUUAAAUAUUAUGCCCUUUCAAUCGAUAUAAAAACAAACUUCCCUCAGAAUUGUCAUUUUUUGCAGAUAUAAAUUAAGUAACCGUAUAUACUGUACUUACCUAAUUUCCUACCUACAAUAGUGGUGGACCCAUCAGCAGUAUUAGCUCUUUUACUAUGAUGUGUUUUUUUAUUAUUCAGAAGUAUUCUUUACAGAAAUUAUUUUUAUGUGUCAUAGAAGGAAUUAAUUUCAAGUUUAAUAUUUUGUUAGAAUCAGAAAGACUAGAGGGUCACAAUUUACUUAGAUUUUAAAAAUAAUAUUUUAAAAUGCUACAUUUAUUGUUUACAUACAUUUAAUCAAUUCUCAUCAUUUUUUAAACUGAUUUGAUAUUGUAUGAUUUUGGUUACAUAAUUGAAUUCUAAUGCAGUAUAGGAAGUUUUUCUCUUUCAAACAGAAAGAAAUUAUUGAUAUUUUAUCAAUCUAUGUGGCAUACAAUUUUUUUUCUAUAAAGCAUGUUUUGAACAAAUUAAAACCGAUUGGUUUUUUUGUUAGAAAAUUUUUAGACUCGAUUUGUAAAUUUUAUUUGUUGUUAAGAGGAUGCCAUCCAUCUACUGUCUCUGUCUUACAAACACGAGACAUAACAAAUUUGUGUUAAGUAGGACACAUUUUGUGCUGUUAGAUUUAAUAUUAAAACACAUUGACUUGUUACUAAACUUAAAGGUAAGAAGAUUAUAUGUGCUCUAAGCAUUGAUACUUUUUUGAUAUUUUUAUUUUUAUGAGACAUGAGUAUGUUAAAUAUCACAAUUUAAAAAUGAUUAUAUCUUGCUUAAAAAUAUAAUCUUCUAACUUUUAAUUUUGGCAAUAUGUCAAUUUGCUUUAAUAUUAAAACUAACAGCACAAAAUGUGUCUUACUAAGUACAAAUUUGCUAUAUCUCACAUUUGUAAGACAGACAAUAGAUGUCUGUAUGGUAUCCUCUUAAUUAUUAUUAUCAACUUGUUAAAAGCUAUAAGUUUCACCCAAGAAGUUUCACCCAAACAAAAUGAAAUGCAAGAGUAAAGCAUUAAAUUAAUUGUGUUCACCAGAUCUAAUUAUUACAAAUAUUUUGGAUGUUAUAAUACAAUUUGAUAAGAAAACUCAUAAUGUAGCUUUUUCUAGUUGUAUAAAUAUAUAUAUAUAUAUAUAUAUGUUUGUUUUGCAAUUAAUAAUUAUCUUAUUUAUAAAAAAUAAAAUGUUAAAAUUAAAACUAUUAAUAGAAUGUCUUGAGACACCUGAAUCAAAUAUAAAAGAUCAUAAUUAUUAAUACUACUAGUACUCUAAAGUUUUUAGAUUUCAUUAAUUCAGGUUCAAAAAGUAUAGACAAUCAAAUAUUAUUGAUUGGUGUAUGAUACGCAUACUGUUGGAAAAAUGAUUGAAUAAAUAAUACUAUUUUUAUUAAAUUUAAAAUUAUAUUGUAGUAGAUACAUUACCUAUAUAAUCUAAACUUGAAGUUCUUUCAUUCGUGACCAAUUUGAACAUUUUAAAAAUGAAGGCUAAUUGGCUAAUUAAUUUUGUUUCAAUUAACUUGUGUUUCUAUGAAAAUAGGAAAAUAGAAAUGAUACAAAUUCUAAUUGAAACUUAUACAUAGAAUAACUCAAAGAGAUUUAAGAUUAAAUAAUUUAAUAUUGUUUUUUUUAUAAAUAGAUAUAAUAGACCAAAUUAAUAAAGAUGAUUUAGCAAAACAAUUGUCUACUUUUUUUAAAAAGAUUUUUGUAUGUGACUUACUCGUAUGGCCUACUCAUGGGCCAUGUUUACUAUCAUUAUUAAUUAUGCUAAUUUAUUCAAAAAUUUUUUCAGUGUUGUGAAUACUAAUAAAGAUCAUGAUUAUAGUAGCCAUAGUCAAGCUCAAUCAAGUUCACACUGUACUCUAGUGUAUGUAUGCUUAUUAUUGCAAAAGAUUGUAUAAAUAUUAAAUUAAAAUUAGUUUUGAUAUAAUUUUGAAUCUACACAGUGAUGAUGAUAUAAUAAUGAUAUCCGAUGACUCCAAUGAUGCUCAUGAAAAUAAUGUUGAAAAAGAUAAUGAUGAUGAUGAUGUGCAAUUUGUUUCGGAAACACCUGCUAUAACUAACUUAGUUAAACCCUUAAUCAAGUAUAGGUAUAUUAAAUCCAACCCUCCAGCCAAGCCUGUGAAACGUGUUUCCAAAAAACGUGUUAAUAAAAAAGCUUUAAAUGCAUAUAAUGUUAUGGUCUGCAAAGACAAAGAACGAUCUACAUUAGUCUUUAAAAAAAGGUAAGAAAAGUAUAUUAUGUAUAACAUAUAAUAUGAAGUAUAUGGUUUAAAUCAUACUUAUCUAACAGAGUCAAAUUUGUUGUUAAAGUCUUUGGAUAUAAAUCUAAAACUAUUAGUGUACCUUCAGGUGUUCCUCAAGGUGGUCAUUUAACUCCAUUAUUGUUUUCUGUAUUAGUAAAUGGACUUAAAUUUAUUAUCCUUAAUAUUAAAUUCCUAAUGUUUAUUGAUGAUUUGAAACUCUUCAGUUAAAUCGAGUCAAUUAACUCAAUUUAAUGCAUAAUUUCCAGAAAGGGCUUGAUGCUGUUGUCUUGUGGUUAAAUUCUAUGUGAUUUAAGCUUUAAUACAUGUAAAUGCUAAUCUAUGUCUUUGACUAAGAAUAGAACUAUUAGCAAUUGCAUGUACCUAAAUAAUGUUUCUUGUAUUACUACUAGGAAGAACGAUUUGGAUGUUCUUUUUUGCUCAAAUUUUGAAUUUCAUUUCCAUAUUGAAGAAGUUUGCUGUUAUGUGUUUAAGCUUUUAGGUUUUUUUAUUCACAUGUUCAAGGAAUUAAAGCUCACUCUCUAGUUCUUUUAAAGCUAUGUACUGAUCUCUUGUAAAAUCUCUUUUGGAAUAUUCUUUUAUUCCCUGGGACCCUUUUACGGUAGUGGACUCUUCUCUUGUUGAACGAGUUCAGAGAUGUUUUUGUUCUUCUGCAUCUUUCAUUUUAAAAAUUUCUUGCUCACCUCACGAUUAUAGCCCAGUAAUGAAUUAACUUGGAUUUACGUUUUUUAUUGAUACACUGUUAACCUUAAUAAGUAUUAUUGUAAUUGGAAUAUUACUCCAUAAAUAAAUAUUAAACAACAACUGUAUAUAGUAAAUAAUAAUUUUUAUUUUUUCAGAGAUAAUUUAAUGGUUACUCCCAUUUUAACUGAAGAAAUGACCGUCACGCCAGAUAUGCCCUUGCCCCUUUAUCAGGAAGACCCAGCACUUCAUAACAUCAAUAUCCCUAUAAUUACUUUGCCACAGGUCACACAACUUCAAAAUUCUCAUAUGUUGACAAAUGGUCCUACACUGGUUACACCCGAAACUGGGUUUCAUUUUUUGUAUGCAAGUGAACAGUCUGUUGACUUGACUCAUGAACCUGAAAAAAAGUUAGAUAAUAGCAUAUUAUUAAAAUUUUUAAUAAAGUUAACAUGGUUUACCUAACAUCAUUUUUUUAUCCGGUCCCUAUUUUCUAUGUCCUUAUUUAAUUCUGUCCCUGUUCAUCACUGUUUUGUUUAUAAGUUAUGGAUAUCUGAAUGGGAAAACCUCCCUGCUACUUACAUCUUAAGUUAUAAAUGAAUGUACCCUAACAUCCCCAUGCAAUCAUGGUUCUGAGCAUUCAUUAGUUAGUUAGCUUUCAUUCAAUUGUUUUGUUAUAUUCUAGGUUCUAUUGGGUCUUGUUAAUUAUGUUUACAAGUUAGGGCUCAAUUAAUAUUUACUACCCCUAAUAAUGAUGGCAAAUCAUACUUUUGUUAUCUGCCUUUAGAUUAUCUAACUAUCAACCGAUUCAUUUUUUUAAAAUACCUUCUCUUCUCUCCGUAACAUCUAUUCAAUUUUUAUAAAAAAUGAUCUCGUAAUUAAUUCCAUUUUUAACUUCUUUUUUAGCGGAGAUAUUAGUUCAAUUGCUAUGAGCUCUGUACAUAAUUCUAGAUUUUUUACUUCCUUUCUUCUCUCUUUAGCCAAUAUGUUAAUAAGUUGAAUUGUAAUAGAUUAUAGUUAAUUUUGUUAAUAAUAAAAAUAUUAAUAAUUAUUACUUAAAUUUAAAUAUCAAUUUCAGACAAACAGAAAAAGGUAAAAAAAGAAAAUAUCAAACUGAUGACACCUCCCAUUUGGUUAUGCCACCUCCAAAGUAUUUAUAGUUUAUAUUGUAUUCAUAGUUAUAAACUAGGCAGUAUAUUUAUAUAUAUUUUUAAUUUUAUUUUCAGGAAAACAAAUGUAAAAAUUAAAUUUGUAAACAUGCAAAAUCAACCAGAAUGUUCUAAACCUAAAGAAUUGUCACCGGUUAUUAGUAAAAUGUUAACUGCAGCUAAAACAUCAUCAGCUAAUAAUAAAACUAAGUAAUUCUUCCUAGUUAUUUAAAACCUGGGAAUGUUAAAAGUUUCAUUUACUUUACAGCACUUAUAUUAAUAAUAAUAAUAUAAUACUUAUGAGUAGCAAUUUAUUAUUCUGAAAUGUUUUUUUACAGAAUGACUAAGUUUUUUUUAAAACACAUUUUUUAAUUUUAUUUUUAGAAAAUCUAAAACAGUAAAUCUACCAAAUUUACCAGGAUGUUCUAAAUCUAAAGAAUCAUCAGUAAUUAAUAGUAAAAUGUCAACUGCACCUAGAGCAUCAUCUUAUAAAACAAGGAAGUAAGUUUUUUAAUUGCAAAGAACUUUUUAUUUUCAUUCUUGUAUAUUUAGAAUCAAUGAUUUGGGGAGGGUAGUACAGACGCUAGAUAUUUCACCCUCUACCUCAUUGUUUAUUAAUUAAUUCACAACAUAUUCGCCACAGGUGGGUGGAGGAUAGUUCCUUCCCGCUCCACCCUUAGAAUUAUGUUUUAGUUUGGUCUUGGACCCACAUUAUAAUUCUUAUAAAGUUUGAGUUUUUAUCUUUUUAUUUCCUCCUCUUACUUUGCCUUUAUGACUUCGAUGACGAAAUCAUUUACCGCGUCUCAUUUUUCCUCACUGCAACAUUAUACUGACCAUACUUUCUGGCUCCAAGUCCUGUCUUAUCUUAAUACGACAUCUCCUUGGUUUCUCCUUAUCUUUGCUUUGUUGCAUUUUCGAUCUAGUUGCUCACAAAGAAAGACAUUUUUUUUAAAUUUCUAAAUAAUUUCAUAGUAAUUGUGAUAAACCAUAAAAAUGUUAAAAUACGAAAAUGAAAACUGUCAAAUUGACAAUGUCAUAAUAUCUUUAUUUUGAAUUUGUUCGGCUUACAUUUUCUACCAGAAAUAUUGCUCCAAUAAAAAAAUGAUGUGAUAGUUGUUUUAUUGUUAAUAAUUUUGUUGGUUAGUAAAAAAAUCGUUUUUUUAAUUGUGAAAAACCAAAAAAAAAAAAAUCCUAGUUAGAAAAUAAUAAUUUUCAAAACUUUUUUGCUAUUUAUAGACAUUUUAAUAUUGCUGAGUUUUUACAUAAUUUGUAUUUGUCAGGUAUUCUAUGGAUAUAAUUGUCAGACUUAACAGAAAUGCUUGAAAAUUUAAAUAAUUCCUACUUGGUAGUCAACAAGAAAAAAUAGAGUUUGAUGGAGUAUUUUUUUAAAAGAAUUUUAAUAUACGAUUUUGAUGAAAAUCGUGCCGGCCUUUUAAAACAUGUAAAACCAAACUUCACUCUGAAUCAUUUCUGAAUGGUUUAUUGUUAUGUACAGAUAUAAAUUAAAUUAUUUUCUGUAUUCUACUUUCCAAACUUUUCAACUUUUUUUUUUUUUUAUAUAUUAAUAUUUCCUUGUUAAUAAUAGACAACUUAAAUCUUUUAACAUUGUUACAUAUUGAUAAUACUUACAUUAAAUAUUUUUUUCCCUAAAUAGAUCUAACAAGUCAGAGCCAAAAUAUACCAAAAGUCAAAGACCUAAACGAGCAUCUGUAACUUACAAUAAACAGUUAAAAAAGUAAAAUUAGUCAUACUAUUUAAAUAUAAUAUACUUCAACGUUUUUAAAAUUUUUUAGGUCGGGGUUAUGGAAACUAGGACACCAGUUGAAUCAGAAAGGCUGGUCUGUUAAUUUAGAUCGUGCACCAAUACAUUUGUAUGAAUGUUGUAUUUGUAAAAUGAUGUUCCCUAGUAUUGAGUCUCGUGAAAAACACGAAAAAUGUCACAAAUUACCUGAGUUUAGUGAUGAAAAAUUAACUGAAACAGAUAUAUCAAUUAGUUCUGAUAAACGAGACUUUCUUCUUAGUCUCAAUCUUGUCAGAGUAAAUCGAUUCAAACAGAAUGUAAUGGUCCGGUUAAGUCAAGAUAAGGAAAUUAUUGAUGCAUUGAACAUUAAUGGAAGCUCCAUUGGCAUUUAUAAGUGUCAGCAUUGCAUGUAUGAAGUUUAACUUAACUGGUCGUAAAAUUAUAAAUUAAUGUAUUUUUUUUUUUUUUUUUGCUUUUUUUUUAGGUAUAAAACAUGUUAUAUGUUUAUUUUAUGGGCUCAUGUAACUUCUGUGCAUAAGGUUCUUCAAGGACAAAAACUAAGUUCAUUUUGUUUUAAUUGCGAUCGUUCAUUGGGUAAACGUACUCAGUUCCUGAAGCAUUUAGACAAAUGCCUAACAAAUCGAAUAAUAAUAAACAAACCAAUUAAGAGUGGAGAUAUAUCCUGUGUAUAUUGUCAUGGCAAAGUUUUUUCUUCAAAGAAACGUUUAAACAUUCAUUUUAUGAAUCAUUUUCCUAAUUUUUUUAUGGAAAAAUAAAGAAAUAAGUUUAGGUAUCAUAUUUAUUUAUAAUAUUUUAUUAAAGUGGUAUUAUAUACAUUGUACAUGUUAACAGUUGAAUGUAGUUAAUACUUGAAAUAUUUAAAAUUUUAAGUUUGGGUAAAAAGAAAUAUACUAAAUAAUGAAUUUAAAUAAUAUAAUUUUCAUUGUAUAAUACUGUCAACAAUUUUAUAUCUUUAUACAUAGUAUAAUAUUUCCUGACUUACUGACUGAUUAAUAAUCACAUAAACAUUUUUUGUUAUAUUCUCCCUAUGAAUAAAAUAUUUUUAUGGGAAGAAAGAAAAUAAUUCUUUAAGCAAUAAUAACUAUGUUAAAAAGGAUGGGAAAGAAAUGCAUUUAAUUUGUCAUAGUCAAAGCCGUUGGGUCAGUAAUAGUAAUAAAUAUAUUAUACUUAGGUUAGGCACUCCAACUAUGUAUAAAUAAAGUGUUAUUUUCAUUUCUUAGUUUAUAAUUUUUAAAUUACUUACUUUCCAUUUUACCUUUAAAUUAUUAUUGAAAGUUAGUUGGUUUAUAAUAUGUAUGUUACAAUUAAGGAUUUCAGAUUAUUGAUUGACAAUGAAUUGAAUUAAAAUUUUAAUUUUAAUAUUAAAUAUUAUUAAACAGCUAAAAGUUAGUUAUAAAUGUAAGUAUUACUGUAAACUAAUAACCCUUAGAUUAAUUUAGGUUUCAUUAACAUAAGGAUUGAAUGAUUUUGUGAAAAUAUUUAAUAUAUUCUAUUCACGAACUUGGAAUUGAAAUCCAAUAUCUGUUUUUUUUAAAUGAUUCAAAUGAAAAUUUAAGUAAUCAUUAUAAUUUAUAUAUUUGCAACUUUAAAAUGCAAUAAAAAACAGUACACCUUAAGUUAUAAAUUCAUAAAAAUAUUUUGUAUCGCUAUUAGUUAAAAAAAUUGAUUUAUUACAAUAUUAUGGUGAUGAUAACUUAAGAAUAAGUUGGGUUAUUUAUUUUUAUUUUUUUAAGUUAAAUGUAACAUGACUGAUGUUUUUUUUCUUCUUAAGGAUAAAGUUUGUUUAAAAACACAAUAUACAAAUAAAUAAUAGCUGCCAGCCAAAACCAAAAAAGAUAUUAGGUACUCAACAGAUGUUGGAGAGAAAACAUAGAUUAAUAUUUUGUUACUUUUAGUUAAUAUAGUAUGAUUGUACGUUUUUUAUUUAUUUAUCUAUUCUUUUUACUGUAACUGUUAAUUAUUUAUUUUUACACAUUUUUAUUCUUAUUAAAAUUUUAAAUACAAAUUUAUUUAUAUAAUGAUAUUAGUGAUGUAACUUUCAAAUUAAAUGCCUGUUAGGUCUUUGAAUGUAACUCUUAAUGAAAAGUUCAGAAAAAAUAUGGCUAUUAACCUAUCAUAUUAUUACAUUAAAAAAUGAAAAUAUUUGUUAUACAAUAGCCACACUGCACUGUAGUUCCUGUUUCCUCAUUUGCCACUGAAUUUAUAAGAAAACCAGCAAAUAACGGCUCCUAAAUAUGAAAAAUGUAAAUUAUAAUAUUAUGUAAUAUUGGUACAAUAAUUAAAUACAUUAUAAUUUUAUCUUUAACCUAUAGUAUUUGGAGAUUUGUUAUAAAAAAAAUGUCUUCCUAAUUAUGUAUUUACAUAUUAAUGUAAUAUAGACAUCAUGGUGUAAAUAUAAUUGUUCUGCUUAAAUGAUGAUUUAAAUAUUUACUUGUAAUUGCUAUUUCACUGCCUGUUUAAUCAAAUAUGUAUUGUAAUUUUUGUAAUAAUAAGUUUUUUGUAUACAUUUAUGUCAAAUUUUAUGUUUGAAUUUUUU